AUGGCUGCAGAAGCAGCAAGUCAAUCCCCAAAGUACCCGACAAUGCCAGAGGUUAUGGAGGAGCUUCACAGGAUGACUGAUAUUGGCUUCCCCAUAGCAGCCAUGAGCUUAGUUGCCUACCUCAAAAACAUGGUCUUAGUUGUAUGCAUGGGGAGACUAGGAAGUUUGGAGCUAGCAGGAGGAGCUUUGGCCAUUGGCUUCACCAACAUCACAGGCUACUCUGUUCUCUCUGGUUUAGCUAUGGGUAUGGAACCCCUCUGUAGCCAAGCUUUUGGAUCACGCAACUUCUCCAUGGCCUUCCUCACUUUGCAAAGAACAAUUCUCUUGUUACUAGUUGCUUCUCUUCCUAUUUCCUUGCUUUGGAUCAACAUCGAACCUCUCAUGCUCAUUCUCCACCAAAACCCGGAUAUAACCCGAAUCGCAAGCUUGUAUUGCCGGUUUGCGAUCCCUGAUCUCAUAGCGAAUAGUCUUCUCCACCCUUUACGUAUUUUCUUGCGCAGCCAAAGCAUAAGUUGGCCAUUGAUGUGGUGCACUUUACUAGCUACCAUUCUUCACCUUCCUCUCACCAUUUUCUUGACCUUCACUCUUCCUCUUGGAGUCAAAGGAAUAGCCAUUUCUACUUCCUUCACCAAUUUCACCACUCUCUUUUUUCUUUUGGGUUACAUAUUGUAUACCUACAUCACUAAAGCACGUUUGUAUUGCUGGUUAACGGAGACUGAACCCACCACUAAUAAUUCUGAACGAGCAUUGUAUUAUGACAUAAGAAACAAACCUGAACUGCUUGCAAGUAGUACUAAAUCGAAACCAGCACCCAUAUUGACACCAUUGCUAUCCAAACCGUUAGUUCCACUUUCAUUAAAGAGUUCACUACUCAGAGACGAAUUGGGAAUGCUAAUCAGACUAUCCGUACAAAGUUGUCUAGCAGUUUGCCUAGAAUGGUGGUGGUACGAGUUCAUGACAAUUCUAGCUGGUUACCUUGACAACCCUCAUAUUGCCCUUGCAACAUCGGCCAUAGUGAUCCAAACUACUUCUCUCAUGUACACAUUGCCUGCGGCCCUUAGCGCGUCAGUGUCUACAAGAGUAGGCAACGAGCUUGGGGCAGGCCAACCUGAGAAGGCUCGUUUAGCUGCGGUGGUGGCGGUGGGAAUGGCACUGGUGAGCUCAUUUUCGGGUUUGUCACUUACCACUCUAGGCAGAGAGACAUGGGGGAGAAUCUUCACAACAGAUAAUGAGGUUCUUGAGCUAACUGUGGCUAUCCUACCGGUGAUCGGCCUAUGCGAACUCGCCAAUUGUCCACAAACCACAAGCUGUGGGAUAUUGAGAGGCAGUGCUAGGCCCGGAAUCGGGGCAUGGAUCAAUUUCUUCUCAUUUUACGUGGUGGGUGCGCCUGUGGCCAUAGUGAUGGGGUUUGUGUGGAGAUUAGGGUUCAAGGGUCUUUGCUAUGGCCUUCUAGCAGCUCAAAUCACAUGCGUGGUGUCGAUAUUGACAGUGGUGCACAAGACAGAUUGGGAGAAGGAAUUGCUCAAGGCUAAGGUCUCUGUUGGAAAGACUCGACGGGAUGUAUUUUCACACGCAGAUGAUCAUCAGGCAGUCAAAUCUGAAGAGGCCUAA